AUGAUGCGUCUCUCUGAUCACCGGGUCUCUGCUAAUUCCUACGAUUGGGCAAGUCGAAAAAUGACCUCUGAAACUUGGGAAAAGAAGCACCCGGAUUCCCCAAUGACUAUUUUGAUGUCUCGCCCAAACCGCGUUGGCCUUUUAGUGAUUAUUGCAACAUGGAUAUUCCUGUAUUUUCAUGUUAUUUCGCAGUUAUUUGACGGGUUAACACAGUUUUUAACGUCAUGGAACACAGGUUCGGUCAUUAAAAUAUCCGCAACUUUGGACAGUCAAGCAGCUGAUUUUAAAAUUGAUAAUGCUGUUGAGUACGGAUCGUUUUAUUACUUUCUUUGUUGUGGCAUCGCUGGAAUUGUUUCUUGUGGAAUAACGCACACUUCGAUAGUACCGCUCGAUCUCACGAAAUGUCGAAUGCAGGUUUUUCCUGAUAAAUACCUAACCCUACUCUCUGGUUUUCGAAGAACAAUUGAAGAAGAAGGUUUUGUUGGAUUAACCAAAGGAUGGGCAUCUACUGCAAUCGGUUAUUCACUGCAAGGAUUUGGAAAAUUUGGUUUUUAUGAAAUGUUCAAAGUGUUUUAUGGAAAUAUUCUUGGGGAGCCUCUGGCUUACAGCUGGCGGACAACAGUGUAUUUGGCUGCAUCCGCGUCUGCAGAAUUUUUUGCAGACAUAAUGCUUGCCCCCAUGGAAGCUGUUAAAGUCCGAAUGCAAACUGCUUUGAAUGCUCCUUCCAGUUUACGAGAAUGUACUUUACUGAUCUGGAGAACCGAAGGCUUGCAUGGUUUUUACAAAGGGUUGGUGCCGUUGUGGAUGAGGCAGAUCCCUUAUACGAUGAUGAAAUUCGCUUGCUUUGAAAGAGUUAUUGAAAUUUUAUACAUAUUUGUUGUGCCGAAGCCAGCUGCGUUAUGUACUAAAGAAGAGCAGCUAGUCGUAACCUUCGCUGCAGGUUAUAUUGCUGGUAUUUUUUGUGCAGUAGUGUCGCAUCCAGCUGACACAGUAAUUUCUAAAUUAAAUCAAAAACCUGGUUUGUCUGUGUCAGAAGUAAUUAGAGCGCUUGGAUUUGCAGGGCUAUGGAAAGGUUUGUUUCCACGUAUUAUAAUGAUUGGUACAUUGACAGCACUGCAGUGGUUUAUAUAUGAUUCAGUAAAGGUUAUCCUCAACCUUCCAAGAAACGCUUAUUUGAAACAUAAUGUUGCUCAAAGUGCAAAGUCAAUUGUACGUUGA